AUGAUAGCAUCGUUUAUUGCGUGGCUUGGUACUUGUGGUAAUUUACUUUUAGUAUAUAUAUUUGUGACACGAACUUAUCCAACAUCCACCAAAUAUCCCACUGUAUUGGCAAUUCUUGAUGCCUUAAUUUGUAUCCUCUAUAUUAUGUUAUUUGGAAUUGAUGCAGCAAUUGUUUAUCUUCAAGCUUCCAAUUUAUUCAUAUUAUAUCAUAUUUACAUUGUACCAGCAUUUGUUAUAAGCCGAAUAACACAAUUAGCUAUUCCAUAUAUGCUAAUUUUAACGACACUGGAACGUUUUGUAUGGAUAUCAGGCCAGCAAACUACGAAAUUUUUGAAACAAAUGUUCAGCGAUCGAGGUCAUCAAGUUACAAUCUUUCUUCUGCUACUUUGUUGUACCAUUUCACGUCUACCAACAGCAUUUGCUAUCGUAGUACAUCAUUUUCCAAAUUGUAAUGAUUUUUUACGCACGCAAAGUACCGGACCAGCUGAUUGGGUACACGAAAGUGAAAUUUAUUAUUUCUUCGACUUUCAUCUGUUAUCAAUUGCUCAAACAUUUAUUCCAUUUAUUGUUCUUGUUGUAUUUAAUUUUAUUAUUAUUCGAAAAUUACCAAAGCAAAAUUUGGAUGAGCAAAGAGAAAACAUCAACGAAAUAAAUCAAAAAAAUGGUCAUUGCCUAUUAAAUCAACAUUUUACUUCCAAUCAUCAUCAUUUGCAAGAAGAUCAAAAUCAAUUUAUCAUAUCAAAUUCUUUAUCCGCCUUUGAUCAAUCAAAUCGAAACGCUUCAAUACGUGAACAUAAACCAAAAUCAUCAAAUAUUCUAUGGAGUUUAAAGUUCAAAAAACACGAUGAUCUCUUGUAUCAAAUGGAAAAUGAAGUAUCUGUUGUAACAGUAAAACCGCUACGAAAAAUGCCCACUCCAGUUCGUGAUGCUGUUUGUACGAUGUUUGCUAUUGUUACAAGUUAUCUUAUCAGUAAUAGUCUUCAUUUGAUACUUACAGUUUUAGAAAGAUCAAAAAUUUCAAUCCUUCGUGAUCCCGAUGAUCCAAUGAUGGCAAGUACUUUUCAUACCGUUUUUUCGGAUACAGUCAGUUUUGUUUACAUGUUUACUAGUGCAAUUCGUAUCAUUAUUUACAUGUGUAAUCCGGCUAUACGUUUACAUCUGAAAGAUUUUCUACCAUGUAAACAUCGAUACAAGAGAAAAAGAUCUGUUCUUGUUUAA